UUACCUCCUUUCCUUCCAUAUUUUAGCUUGUUGCACGUUUUCUUUUUUACCGUCUGUCAACGUUUUGAGAAAGACAACAUUUAAAGUGAUGAAGCCUGAUGUUGAUGACGAAGAAAAAGAAAGUCAUCUGAAACAGGAAAAUACUGGGCCAGAUAUGGAAAGAGACAAAAGUGAAGGAAGUCCUGAAAGUGAGGAGGGCAAACAUUCUCCAUCUGAGUCACCUCCCAGAAAAAAAAGACUGAAAACAUUUGGGGGAUCCAUGAAAGAUGAAGAAAAGAAUCAGUAUUUGUCAGAAGAAGAGCUAGAAAGGGAUGGAGAUGAUCCUGAUGAUUAUAUUGAAGAGAUCAAGUCUUCGCCAAAAAAGUCACCUAGUGAGGAUGAAGAAACUGUGGAUGACAAUUCAUCUUUGCACAAUGAACAAGAGUCUUCUAAAUCUGAAGAAAAGGGAUUAAGUGGAAAAUCACUUGCAGAAUUACAAAAGGCCAUGAAACCUUGUACUGUGCAAAUUAAAAAACUAGUUAAAACAAGGCAUGAAGUUACUGUUAAAGAAGGGCAAGAGGAGAUUUUGGAGAAAUCCAGUGAUGAUUCACACAACAAAGGGGGUUUAUCACCAGGAAAAGUAUCACGCACUUAUCCUGGCCCGACUAGGAAGGUUAGCAUGUUUUCGAAACCAGAUGGAAGAAGAUACAUGAUCCUUGACAGGGCCACAAUAAAGGGAAUGAUGGAGAAGGGACUCAUCCAACCCAUUGAGAAAGAUGGAUCAAACCAGACAGCUGCGUAUAGAGCUGUAAUGCCAAAAAACAAACCGUCUAUACUAUGUAGAGUAGAUUCUCCAGGUGCUCCUGGGGAAUCGCCACCUGUUGCCAUUUCUGACAAAAACUCAGAAUCAUCUGGUUCUCAAGAUUCUAGUCCUUUUUCAUCUGCUGCAACAUCAGCAUCUGGGACUUCUGCAGGCAGCAAUCUCAAGUUUCAAGUUCCAACAUCUAUUGUCGUAAAAAAUGCUAGUGGUGGGCUUAGUCAAGUUUUAACUACCCCAGUGUUUGUUAAAACCACAGUAUCUGGGGGGGGUUCAGUUUCUGGAAAGUAUGUUACCCUUCCUUCAGCUCUCCCAAAUCAAAUUCAGAAGGAUGAAUCUUCUAAAUCUUUGACAGUAACAAGUGGUUCAUCUGCACCAGUUAUAGUGCAGAGUCUUAAGAAUACCUCAGAAGGGUCUGUAGCAGUGACUUUACCUAAUGACAAAGCUCUCAGCUCUGAUCAAAAUCCAGAUGAUCUGGAUGCGGUGCCUUGUGACUCUGUUGAUAUGACAGAUAGUGAUGAAGAUGUAAAGAAAAAGAAAUUUGGUGUUCCUACGGGUGUAUGUAAGGUUUUAAAAUCAAUGAAGAUGUAUCAGUAUGUUGACAAAUUUGACACGGAGGACAGUGCUACCCGUAAUCUAGUUGCACCAAAGAAUUCCCAUAAUGUCCGGUGGGUGGCUGUACCCAAUAAUCCAGGAGAUCCUACACCUGAUUGUGGACCAAAAAUUCAACGCUGCACUCCUCCAAUUUUGCCCAUCAGUGUACCUGAGGUUCCAGAUUCCUUGGAAAAUUGCCCACUUGAAACCAAAAAUGGUCACAUUUCACCUGCAGAAGAGAGACCAGCAAGUGGAAUUGAUUAUUAUGACCAUUAUAAAAUUCGUGAGCUUAGACAGAAGCAAAAGGAUCAGCUUAUGUAUCACAGGAAGAGGUAUAGUGAGUUAUUGAUGACUUACAAUGAGCUUGCAAGCAGGUAUGAUGAAAUUAAGGAUGUUGGCACCAUUCGCCAAAUCUUGACAGAUGCGAAGAAGUAUAUGAAAAAGGAUCAUGUUUUGUUCUUCAGAAAUGAAAUGUUACUUAAAGACCGAAGUGGUACUGGUCAUCGAUAUUCUCCUAAAUUUAUGUUGAUGUUGAUGAGGUAUUAUAAUAAGAGUCCAGUUGGCUAUCGAUUUUUGAGACAGAUUUUUACACUACCUGCAGUCAGAACAUUGUUGAACUGGCAAAAUAAGAGUUUGCAUAUGAGAAAGAAAAAGAAAUUGCUAUCAGCUCAAGGUCUUGCAUUAGGAGAGAAUGAUAAUGAGAAUAGUGGUGGUAGUGGAAAAAAUAUUAAUGGUGAAACUAACCCUGUUGUCACACCCCGGGUGCCUGGUGGGAUAAAUUUUUAUGAUUCUGACUCUGAUGAUGGUGCUGAAAUUGGUAAGGUGUUGCAGGAAAAAGUUUAUGUAAGUAAAGCAAAUGAAGAAUCUGAUAAAGAUUUUGAUGGUAUGACUUCAAGUAAGAAUAUUGUAUUUGAUGUACCAGUAUAAUGAUUUGAUGCUAAAUUAUUGUAGUGAUAUUUUCUUAUAUCUUUGGGUGACUUUCAAAAUAUGAACUGUUGUUUUCUUUACUGACUUCAAUAAAUAGAAUAUAAUUUCCACAUUAUGUUUUAUUUUUAUUUGUAGCUUUUACAAUAAAAAUUUUCCAAA